AUGGGUCAUUGGAGGGAUUUUUUUCGUUCAGAUGGUGGCAGAGUUCGGCAUCGUGUGGAGGUGGAACGUCGUCGGCUUCUCCCGGCCUACGCUGCCGAUGAAUCUCAGGCUUCCGAUGCCUCCAAGGAAAUUGCCAAGGUCGCUCUUCGACUAAAGUAUCAAAUUGAACAGGUUGUGUCUUGCGAGGUGGAGGAAACCGUCCUGACCGACCCUAACAGCCGCAUCAUCACGGACGACGUGGUUGCAACUGCCAAACAAGCUGGUGGUGAAGAUUACAAGGCCUGUGUUGUCUACUGUCUUCUCGUCUGUCUGCGAUGGUUCAAGCUUCAAUCCACGAUCGAGCUUUGGGAUGCCGAUCUCCAUGACGUUCGGGCUGUGGCUUGCGAGGUCAUCGCCAAGCGCAUUAUUGAAACCGAACAAAGCCAGGACUACUUGCUCAGAGAGAUCCUACUCAAGCGAUACUCCAUCUUCAGUGAGGGUGUAGAGACUGAUCCCGCCAACGUCAUUGAACGCUCGGUAGAUCUACAUGCCUUGAGGAUUAUCAGCUCCGCUGGGUAUCAAAGGUGCAUCGAUUAUCUAUGGAGAGGCUGGAUCUGCCAGGAAGAGGGUAAUCCGACCAACUUCGUCGAUUACAAUGAAAAGUCCAACACGAGCUACUGGUCUCAUUUCCACCCUGACAGGAUGAGGACUCCUCUUUACCAGAAUGUUUGCCAGAUAUUGUUCUCGUUAAUAUAUCUUGCGGUUUACACGGCGGUUAUAAAUACCGUGAACCCGACUGGAGAUCUGGAUAUAGCUGAAGGCAUCCUUUACGGCAUGACCCUCGCAUUCAUUUGCGAUGAGGCGAUCAAAUUUUGGAAGGUUGGGUGGAAUUACCUUGAGUUUUGGAAUGCAUUCAACUCAACCUUGUACACCAUCCUUGCUGUCUCGCUUGUGUUGCGUUUUGUUGCCCUCGCACACUCGUCAUCUACCCAGGAUGAGCAGCGGCAACUGUACAAUGAGCUCAGUUACAACUUUUUGGCUUUCGCGGGUCCCAUGUUUUGGAUGCGCAUGAUGCUUUAUCUCGACUCAUUUCGCUUUUUCGGUGCCAUGUUCGUGGUUCUCCGCGUCAUGAUGAAGGAGAGCUUGAUCUUCUUUGCUCUUCUUUUCGUGGUCAUGGCUGGUUUCUUCCAGGCCUUCAUCGGCAUGGCCCAGGUGGACGCCGAUGUUCCUAUUCACAGAAACAUUCUCCAAGGCAUGGUCAACAGUAUCAUGCAAAGUCCUGAUUUCGACACUUUCCAGGAGUUUGCCUUUCCGUUCGGUAUCAUUCUCUACUACGUUUUCAACUUCAUUGUCAUGACUGUUCUCCUGAAUAUUCUUAUCGCCUUGUACAACAGCGCAUAUGAAGAUAUCUCUGGCAAUGCAACUGACGAAUACAUGGCAAUUUUUGCACAGAAGACCAUGCAGUUUGUUCGCGCCCCUGAUGAGAAUGUCUUCAUCCCACCAUUCAAUCUUGUCGAGAUCUUGUUCCUAGUAGCUCCAUUUGAAUGGUGGCUUUCACGAGAGGCAUAUGCUAGAUUAAACGACUUCAUCAUGGGGGUGAUUUACUCUCCUCUUCUUGUAUUUACUGCCUGGAUUGAAUCCCGCGAGGCAUAUCGGAUCCAGUGGAACCGCCGUCACGGGGAAGAUGACGAUGACUGUGCUCAAGAAUGGGAGCAUGUGGCCCAUGAGGUUGAUUUUGAUCUUGAUGACACUUGGAAAGAGCAGGUUUCCCAUUCCACUCCAGACAUCAAGGUUGACAACUGCACAUUUGAAAUCCGAGAGCUGAAGGAGCAAAUUAGGAUCUUGACAAAGAUGGUUGAAGGACUGACUCAGGAAAAUGAGAAGAAUUGCAUCGAGGCGAAUCCUAUGGAACCGAAAGUGUCUAAAGGUGGCUUCUUCAACCCGGCAAAGCUCGUAGACGACCCUCAGAUUCAAUAUGCCUCGUUGCAUAACCCGCUCCCUUGGCAAUUGCACACAUAUGUCUGGCCUUUCCUGAUUACUUGGCCCGUGUUCUUCGCUUUCUACCUCUCCCCCGAGCGCUAUGAUACAUACAUUCAGGGACAGGAAUGGACCUUCGUUUGGGCGGGGUCCAUCAUCACCUUUCAGUCGCUCUUUUGGUUGAUGACCAAGUGGAAUAUUGAUAUCAACACUCUUUUCACUACCACUAAAGCCAAGUCCAUUGACACUGCUCGCCUUAUCAAAGUCGUUCCCAUCACCAAUGCCGGUUCUGCCGAGAUUUGCACCUUGAUCAAUGAAACCGCCGGCCCCAAGAAGACUCUUUCGUUCCUCUUCCAGAAGCGCCGCUUCCUUUUCUACCCGGAGACCCGUACAUUCGCGCCCCUGUCCUACGCUCUCGAUGCCGAACCCAAGCCGGCCCUCAAGACUUUCCAGCUGAGCGAGGGUCUUACAUCAAAGGCCGAGAUUGAUCGUAUCCAGUACCACUAUGGCGACAACACCUUCGAUAUUCCCGUCCCCGGAUUUGUCGAGCUCUUCCAGGAGCAUGCGGUUGCGCCAUUCUUCGUCUUCCAGAUCUUCUGUGUUGGACUGUGGAUGCUGGAUGAAUACUGGUACUACUCGCUCUUCACGCUCUUCAUGCUUGUCGCAUUUGAGAGUACUGUUGUGUGGCAACGUCAGAGAACUCUAGUCGAAUUCCGUGGAAUGAGCAUCAAGCCUUACGAUGUUUGGGUAUACCGUGAACGCAAAUGGCAGGAAAUUACUAGCGACAAGCUUCUCCCCGGUGACCUCAUGUCAGUGAACCGCACCAAGGAGGACAGCGGUGUUGCCUGUGAUAUUCUUUUGGUCGAGGGUAGCGUUAUUGUCAACGAGGCCAUGCUUUCUGGUGAGAGCACACCUCUCCUCAAGGACUCCGUUCAGCUCCGCCCCGGUGAUGACUUGAUUGAGCCGGAAGGGCUGGAUAAGCUCUCGUUUGUGCACGGAGGAACCAAGGUUCUCCAGGUUACUCACCCUAACUUGAAUGGUGAAUCAUCUUUGAGCAACCUGGCUAGCAGCGUCACCCUGCCCCCGGAUAACGGCGCCUUGGGUGUGGUUGUCAAGACUGGUUUCGAGACCAGCCAGGGUAGCCUUGUACGAACCAUGAUUUACUCGACCGAGCGAGUCUCUGCCAACAACGUUGAGGCUUUGCUGUUCAUUCUCUUCCUCCUGAUUUUUGCAAUUGCCGCUUCGUGGUAUGUUUGGCAAGAGGGUGUGGUGCGGGACCGCAAGCGCUCCAAGCUUCUGCUGGACUGCGUUCUUAUCGUUACAAGUGUCGUGCCUCCUGAGCUGCCCAUGGAACUGAGCCUGGCUGUUAACACCAGUCUUGCUGCUUUGAGCAAGUUUGCCAUUUUCUGCACUGAGCCUUUCCGCAUUCCCUUUGCUGGUCGUGUUGACGUGGCUUGCUUCGACAAGACCGGUACCCUGACUGGAGAGGACCUUGUUGUGGAUGGUAUUGCCGGACUUACUCUGGGCGAGCCUGGAUCUAAGGUUGAAGCUGAUGGCGCCCACGCUGAAUUGGCCCAGGCCUCUGCCGCUGGUGCUAAUACCACUCUUGUUCUCGCCAGUGCACAUGCCAUGGUCAAGCUCGACGAAGGUGAGGUUGUUGGAGACCCUAUGGAAAAAGCUACUCUAGAAUGGCUUGGCUGGACCCUGGGCAAGAAUGAUACCCUGUCUUCCAAGAGCAAUGUACCUGUGAUUUCUGGCCGCAACGUCGAGAACGUUCAGAUCAAGAGAAGAUUCCAGUUCUCCUCGGCCCUGAAGCGCCAAAGCACUAUCGCUACUAUCACUGCCAAUGACCGCAAGACCUCCAAGAAGAUCAAGUCUACCUUUGUGGGUGUCAAGGGUGCUCCCGAGACCAUCCGCACCAUGUUGGUCAACGCUCCUCCCAACUACGAAGAGACAUUCAAGCACUUCACCCGUAACGGUGCUCGUGUUCUUGCUCUUGCCUACAAGUAUCUUUCCUCUGAAACCGAACUCUCCCAAAACCGCGUCAACAACUACGUUCGUGAAGAGGUCGAGUCCGAACUGAUCUUUGCUGGUUUCCUUGUUUUGCAGUGCCCUCUGAAGGAUGACGCCAUCAAGUCUGUCCGCAUGUUGAACGAGAGCAGCCACCGUGUUGUCAUGAUCACCGGUGACAACCCGUUGACUGCUGUGCACGUCGCUCGCAAGGUUGAAAUUGUGGACCGUGAAGUUCUCAUUCUUGAUGCCCCGGAGCAUGAUAACUCUGGAACCAAGAUUGUUUGGCGUACCGUUGAUGACAAGCUUAAUGUUGAAGUGGACCCUACCAAGCCCCUCGACCCGGAGAUUCUGAACACCAAGGACAUUUGUAUCACUGGAUAUGCUUUGGCCAAAUUCAAGGACCAGAAGGCGCUUCCCGAUCUCCUUCGUCACACCUGGGUUUACGCUCGUGUUUCUCCCAAGCAAAAGGAAGAUAUCCUGCUUGGUCUGAAGGAUGCUGGGUACACCACUCUGAUGUGCGGUGAUGGUACCAACGAUGUUGGCGCUCUCAAGCAAGCUCACGUCGGUGUUGCUCUUCUCAACGGCUCGCAGGAGGACCUCACCAAGAUAGCUGAACACUACCGGAACACCAAGAUGAAGGAGCUGUACGAGAAGCAGGUUUCCAUGAUGCUACGAUUCAACCAGCCCUCUCCUCCUGUCCCCGUCCAGAUCGCCCACCUGUAUCCCCCUGGUCCCAGUAACCCUCACUACGAGAAGGCCAUGGAGCGCGAGAUGCAGAAAAAGGGCGGCGCAAUUGCCGCACCCGAAGCUAUCCCAACUAUUACAUCCCCUGGUGCCCAGGCAUUGCAGCAACAGAACAUGAACCCCCAGCAGCAAAGACAGCAGCAGGCCCAGGUUGCCGCGGCUGGUCUUGCUGACAAGCUUACAUCCUCCAUGAUGGAACAAGAACUGGAUGAUAGCGAGCCUCCCACUAUUAAGCUGGGUGAUGCUUCUGUCGCCGCUCCGUUCACUAGCAAGCUGGCUAAUGUUAUUGCUAUCCCCAACAUUCUCCGUCAAGGUCGUUGCACACUUGUUGCUACUAUCCAGAUGUACAAGAUUCUUGCUCUGAACUGCUUGAUCAGUGCUUACAGUCUGAGUGUCAUCUACUUGGAUGGUAUCAAGUUUGGUGAUGGACAGGUUACUAUCAGUGGUAUGCUGAUGAGUGUUUGCUUCUUGUCUAUCUCUCGUGCCAAGUCCGUCGAGGGUCUUUCCAAGGAACGCCCCCAGCCCAACAUCUUCAACGUCUACAUCAUUGGAUCCGUGCUUGGACAGUUCGCUAUCCACAUUGUGACUUUGAUCUACCUUUCCAACUAUGUCUAUAAACACGAGCCGAGAGAUUCCGAUAUCGAUCUCGAGGGCGAGUUUGAGCCUUCCCUCCUGAACAGCGCCAUCUACCUCCUUCAGCUGAUCCAGCAAAUUUCCACAUUUUCGAUCAACUACCAAGGCCGUCCCUUCCGUGAGUCCAUCCGCGAAAACAAGGCCAUGUACUGGGGUCUCGUCGCCGCUUCCGGUGUAGCCUUCUCCUGCGCCACCGAAUUCAUCCCUGAGCUGAACGAGAAGCUGCGCCUCGUCCCCUUCACCAACGAGUUCAAGAUGACUCUGACCGUGCUCAUGAUCUUCGAUUACGGUGGCUGCUGGAUCAUUGAGAAUGUCCUCAAGCACCUGUUCAGUGAUUUCCGUCCUAAGGAUAUCGCUGUUCGUCGUCCUGAUCAGCUUAAGCGCGAGGCAGACCGUAAGCUGCAGGAGCAGGUUGAGGCUGAGGCUUUGAAGGAGCAGCAGAGGAAGGUCUAG